UUUCAGUUCUGAUUUUCAUUUUUCAUUCUGAUUCAUCUUCACUUUUCCCCCGUUUUCUUUUCCUCUUCAAACUCGAAUUUUCUUAGACCCAACCAUACCCUACACAUUUCCCUCUAUUUACCAACUUGUGCCACUGUCAAAAUCCGUUAUGAUUCUCCCUCUACUUACAGAGAAUUUCUAGUGUUUUUAAAUUCUCUUUUUGGUCAUUCUCUUCAAGUGCUUUGACAAUGGCGAAAUCAACGCUUCUUCACCCUCAAUUCUUCCACACACUUGUUCAUGGCUUUCACACUCACCUCAUGAUUCCUUUAGAAUUCUUCUCCAAGUAUAUCGAAGGAAAGACCCUGGGGAAGACGACGGCGGAGCUGAAGUCUGACUCGUCGGAGGUAACCUGGAAAGUGAAGAUGACUGGUCGGAGACUCAGUGAAGGCUGGGAAGAGUUCGCCGUCGCUUAUAACUUUCAAACCGGCGACGUCCUCCUCGUCAGAUAUGAAGGAGAUAUGAUCUUCCAUGUCUCGGAUUUAGGGCCCAGUUGCUGUGAAAUUCAAGACAACCCGCCUCCAAGAAACGACAUUUAUGGUCAGUUCGAUGUUGGUAAAACUUUGUUGAAGAAGCGUCUGUAUCCAAGAACACAAGUAGACUUUUCACCAAACGAUGGAGAUGGUUGUGAUGAUGAGGAUGAUAUGGAGCCUCCCAGAAAGAAGAAAGUGAAGAAGAACAGUCCAGAAGCAGAAACUGCUUCCUCAUCAGACAACUCAUAUGAAAAGAACAAUCCAGAAGCACAAGCAGUUUCUUCUUCUUCAUCAGACAACUCAUGUUUUGUGGCCGUUGUCACUCCUUCGAGCCUACGCACAGAUACACUGUAUCUUCCACAACAUGUUACAAGCUCAAGUGGUUUUACAAGAAAAUGCCGCAAGAUUGUUUUAAUAGAUGGAGGGGAAAGAUCAUGGGCGCUGGAUCUGAGGUUCAAGUUCAACAAAUCAUCUGAUACUUUUUACAUAAGCCGAGGCUGGAGAAGAUUCUGUGAAGAAAACGGUCAAGAAGCAGGAGGCUUCUUUAUGUUCAAACUAGUGGGAAACGGUGAAACUCCUGUGCUCAGCUUCGACCCUACAAAAACUUAUAAUAAGACAAGGCAAAGAGAGUGUUCAGAAGCUAGCCGGAGAGAAUCUCUUUCCACAGAAGUUAGCAGCGAAGAAGAGAACGUAGAAGGGGAGAGUGGUGAAGAAGCGUGCAUCUCAAUGGAGUCAUUGGUGGAGAUAGAAAAAACGAAGUGUAGUCCAAAGCGAAGAGUUCAAUCAUAUUCAUCAUAUUUGCCAAGUCAUAAACGAUUCGUAACUUUUACACUUCCUCCUGAUUAUGUCAGAAUACAAAAUUUGUAUCUUCCACGGCCAUUCGUGAGGGAGAAUGGCAUCAACAAACCUGGGGAGAUAUCUCUGUUGGGUAAAGAUGGUACAAAGUGGCCAACAAACCUUCUCAUGAACAUGAGAGGAACGAUGAGUUUCGGACAGGGUUGGAAGGAUUUUGUCAAAGCAAAUGGCGUAGAGUCGGGCUUCACACUGAAGUUGAUAUGGGAAGACACAACUCCUGUGCUUAGUUUGUGCUGUGCAGAAUCUACCAAUGACAUGGAGCAAGAAGAGUAUUUCAAAGCUAUCAAGAAACAGUCACGCUUCAUAGAUCAGAGCAACAGAGACAAGAUCAGCAAAGAUGAGAAUACCAAAGAGGAGAGAAGGAAGAAUCAUCUGAGCGGGGGAGAUUCAACUCCAUCGAGCCAAAAGCAAUUUGUGACAUUAACAAUCACACCUUCCUGUUUCUCAACAUCUAAACUCCGUCUUCCAAAGAGUUUCACUAGGGAAAAUGACAUAAACAAGCCUGGGACGAUUACUUUGUUGGGUAAAGACGGUGUAAAGUACCAGACGAGUUUGCUAUUUGAAUCAAGAAAUCGACGCAUGACUUUAGGCAAAGGCUGGAAAGUUUUUGCUGAAGCAAAUGACUUAAAGUUAGGUGAUCCCUUCACGUUCAAGUUGACUUGGGAACGCACAACUCCUGUUCUCAGCUUGUGCCCAGCAGAAUGUAGCAUAGACAAAGAAGCAGGAGGAGAGUGUCUUCCCAUAGAUGACAACAACAGAAAGGACAAUGGCAAAGAAGAGACCAGGUCGGGAAGAGAGAAGAAUCAUCUGAGAGGAAGAGAUCCAACUCCGUCGAGCCAAAAACAAUUUGUGACUUUAACAAUUACACCUACCAGUUUCGCAAAGAGUAGACUGCUUCUCCCAAUGCAAUUUGUGAGAGAGAAUAGCAUUAACAAGCCAGGAAUGAUAUAUCUGUUGGGUAGAGAUGGUACAAAGUGGCCGACAAACCUUGUACAGAACAAGAAAGGAGUAAUGGGUUUGGGAAAGGGUUGUAAAGAUUUUGCUGAAGCAAACGACUUAAAGACAGGCGAAUCCUUUACGAUGGAGUUGAUAUGGAAAGACGGAACUCGUAUGCUCAGAUUGUUUAAUACAAAGUCUAGCAGUUCAAAGGCUAAGGAGAAAGAGUCAGUUUCCACAGAAGCUAGAAGCAGAGAUUCACUGUUCCAAACAAAGUCUAGCAGUUCAAAAGCUAACGAGAAAGAUUCAGUUUCCACAGAGCCUAGAAGCAGAGAUUCACUGUUCCAUACAAUGUCUAGCAGUUCAAAAGCUAAAGAGAAAGAGUUGGUUUCCACAAAGCCUAGAAGCAGAGAUUCACUGUUCCAUACAGAGUCUAGCUGUUCAAAAGCUAAGGAGAAAGAGUCAGAUCCCACAGAAGCUAAAAGCAGAGAAUCACUGUUCCAUACAAAGUCUUGCAGUUCAAAGGCUAAGGAGAAAGAGUCAGUUUCCACAGAAGCUAGAAGCAGAGAUUCAUCCUCAGAAAUACUAAACCGAUUUGUGAUAUUAACACUCACACUUGAAAAUGUCAGAGCCCGUAUAUUGCAUCUGCCAAGUCAAUUCAUGAAGGCUAAUGGCAUUAAGAAACUUGGGAAGAUAACUAUUUUGGGUAGAAACGGGAUGGAAUUCUCUGCAUAUCUGUUGGCAAGAGAUGGAAUCAUCGCUUUGGAAAAUGGUUGGGAUAAGUUUUAGUCCGAAGGAGGAGAAGAAGAGAGCUCAGAAGGUGAUGACAUGGACUCUCUUUCUACAAAACCAGAAUGCGAUGAAGAGAGCAACCAAGAUGAGAAAAACUUCACGAAGCCUAGAUCGUCAUGGACAGCUUCGUCUUCAUCACCAUCCGAAAACCGAUUUGUGACGUUAACUCUUAGAGCUGGGAGCUUAAAAAAUUAUUCAAUGUAUUUUCCAAGGGCCUUCACGAGGAUACAUGGCAUCAAUGAGAAAACUAAAAUGACUCUGCUGGGUAAAAACGAUGUGAAGUCACCGAAGUGGUCUACGGAGCUACGGUCUGAGGACAAUGGUAAAAGAAUAAGAAUGAAAAGAGGCUGGAUAGAGUUCUUCAGAGCUCACUGUGUGAAGAUUGGUGAAUCGAUCAGGACGAAUUGGAAUGAAUCAAUGUUUAGCAAUGGAAAUUUAGAGCUUCUCAAGUUUCCCAGAAUGGCGAAUAAACAUUUCUUCCAGCCUCUUCUUCCUGGCUUCCACAGUCACUUGACGAUUCCUGUAGCUUUCUUCUCAAAGUAUAUACAAGGAAGAAAUGAGCAGAAGAAGACUACAGCAAAGCUGAGAACAGACGCGUCGCAGAUAACCUGGAAAGUGAAGAUAGAAGGUGGCCGGAGACUCACUGAUGGUUGGAAAGAGUUUGCUCUCGCGCACGAUCUUCGAAUUGGUGACAUUGUCAUUUUCAGACAAGAGAAUGACAUGGCUUUCCACGUGACACUGUUUGGACCCAGUUGCUGUGAAAUUCAGUAUGAGCCGUGUUUAGACGACAGGAACAAGCUCGGGAAAAUCCCAACGAAGGAGAAAGUGAAGAAGAAUCUAAGGAAAAAAACAGAGUCUUCUUCACUAGAUCCCUCUUGUUUCGUGUCAAAUGUCUUACCUUCGACACUACGUUAUGACACAAUGAAUCUUCCAAGCAAGUUUGUGAGAGAAAAUGGUCUAGACGCAAGAUGUGGAGAGAUUGUUCUGAUGAAUGAAAAGGGUACAUCACGGACUUUAGCAUUAAGACAAAGGCAAUGUGGAAGGACUUACAUGAGACGAGGGUGGAGAAGUUUCUGUAGUGCCAAUGGACUUAAGGCUGGAGAUUUCUUCACUUUCAGACUGAUCAAAAGAGGAGCAACUCUGGUUCUACGUUUGUCCACCAAAGGAAAAGAAGAGAGCUCAGAGAGUGAUGAAGUAGAGUCUCUUUCCACAGAACCAGAAAGCGAUGAAGAGAGCAACCAAGAUGACAAAAGCUUCAAGAAGCGUAGAUCGAGAUGGAGAGCUUCAUCUUCACCAUCCCAGAACCGAUUUGUGACAUUAACUCUUAAACCUUGGGACUUCAAAAGCUCUCGAAUGUAUCUACCGAUGACCUUCACGAGGAUGAAUGGCAUCAAUGAGGAAACUGAAAUGACUCUGCUGGGGGAAAACGGUGUGAAGUGGUCUACGGAUCUGAGGUAUGAGCUCCAUGGCAAUGGUAAAAGAAUAAAAAUGGUAAGAGGCUGGAGAGAGUUCUUCAAAGCUCAUUGUGUGAAGAUUGGUGAAUCGGUCAUGUUCAAACUGAUUUGGGAAGGAGACACAAGCUGUGUCCUUAAGCUCUGCUCUAAGGUGAAACAAGAGACCAUGUGAAACACAAGCUGUAUCCGACUACUGUAUGUUGUUUUAGAUAUUGUAAGUGAAAUGAAUCAAUGUUUGGCUUUCUUCACUUUCAAACUGAUCAAAAGAGGAGCAACUCUGAAUAAUUUACCUGAAGGAAAUUAAUUUUUUUUUUAUUAUAGCAGAUAAUUAAUUUUGCAGCUUGUUUUACUUGUGUUGUUGUGUAU